CACGGGCACACUGCAACCUGGUCACACUGGUGCGCUAGCUGGCAGAAAUUCGUAGAAUUAUUUUUCGUUUCCCUGUAACUUUCUUGUCGUAUGUUGUUUUUGAAAUCAAAUUAAACCAUUUUUGCCACUAAAAUCCGAGAUUACAUUCAGAUACUGCUGUAAUUAUGGAUACGGAAAAGUCUAGCAGCAGCUCCUUCGAGGAUCUGACCAACGCCGAGGACACCAAGGACAUUCGCAAGGUGGCCGCGGAGGAGGCAGCCGCAGGCGAUGGCGCUGCCCCGGCUUCUGGUUCUGGAGACGAGCCGAAGACGGCGGAGGAGGAUCCCGAGGAGGAAUGUGAUAUACUGGGCAACAAGCAGCUGAUCAAGCGCACCAUCAAGAAGGCACCGCAGGAUUCGCUCAGGCGUCCGAUUCGCGGCGAACUGGUUACCGUGAAUUUCACUGGCAAACUGGACAACGGCACGGUAGUCGAGAAGGAGAUAAACUUCCAGUGUCACGUUGGUGACUACGAGGUCGUCCAGGGAUUGGACAUGGUUUUGCCCAUGCUGCAGGUCGGCGAAGUGGCCCAAGUCAGCGUGGAUCCCCGCUUCGGCUACGGCUCCCUAGGACUGAAAAAAGACGGUGAAUCCACGUACCUGGUGCCACCCGAUUCGCAUCUUACCUACGAAAUAGAGCUUUUGGAUACCAAAUACGAAGACUUUGCGGACCUCAAGAGCUUUGAAAUACUGCGCAAAUAUGGUACGCGCAAGAAAGAACGUGCCAAUUUCUUCUACAAGCGCUCGGAGUUCACCACCGCAAUUCACCUGUACCGACGUGCUCUGGACUUUCUGGACAAUCGGGAUGGGGAUCCUGAGUCCGAGUUCGAAAAGGAGGACUUGGAGCUUUCAAACAGCGAUACGCAGACCCUGCUGGAGGAUCGGUUGAUUGUUUACAAUAACCUGGCAAUGACUCAAAUCAAGAUUGCCGCCUUUGACGCAGCUUUGCAGUCUGUAGAGCAUGUGCUGCGGUGCCAGCCAAAUAACUCCAAAGCCUUGUAUCGCAAAGGCAGAAUACUGGAGGGCAAAGCCGACACCCAGGGCGCCAUUAAGCUACUGCAAAAGGUGGCUACUCUCGAACCUGACAAUCGAGCCGUUCAAUCGGACUUGGCCAGACUUUUCAUCAAGGCUCGUCGCGACGAACACAACGAAAAGGAGAUGUAUCAGAAGAUGCUGGGCCAGGCCAAGAAAAUGGAGCAGAAGACUGCCACCAGGCAAAAGCAGCCUCUUGUAGACAACUCCAAGCUGAAGCUGCUUGGCUAUCUCAUGGGUUCAAUAUUAAUUGGAGUAGCUGGCGUCGCUAUUUAUCGUUACAAGUACUAAGGACAAGCAUUGCACACGAACUACUGGUUACUUUAAGCAAUUGAAAUGCAUUUUUUAAGUAUAUAUAGAAGGCAAAAUUAUGAAUGUUGGAAAGCCGCAGUUGCUUAUUAUAAUGAUAUGGCUCUUGUUGUACAUUUAAAUGCUAUGCACACUUCACAAUAGUAUGUAUCUUUCAAAUAGUAUGGUUUUGGAUAUCGUACAUAUAAUGUUAAAGCUUAAGUUUAAUCAACUACAUUCUAUCAGACAUGUAUCGGGAAUUGUUAAAAUAAACACAAUUUUCUCAUCAUUGUGUUUCAUACAAUUCUGAAAUGAAAUAAAGCAACACAAUCGAAAUCAGACCAUAUUUAUGAACUUGCCAUAAGGCUCGAAAGCUUAUGAAAGACCACAUGAACGUAAUGAUUCUGAUAAGCAACACUGAUAAGAACUCCUAACUUGGUAAAAGAUUUGGUUUUUUCUUCGUUACUUAAAUAAUGCAUUUUUUUUAACUAAAACACGCUCUAAUCUGAAAGGCAAACGAACUUUUGUAAAAACACAUCGGAACAUCCGUUCGACAGAUAUGAUUUCCCUCUAUCGCGACUUAGAAUGAUUAAAUGAUGGUGCGAAUUUAAA